AGUGUGCCUUUGACCCACAUCUUCAGGGACACAUCCAAUUGAUGCUCCAAUUAAACUAAUCACGAUCAAGACAAUUUAACAAUUACAAAAUUCUAUACACUUCUUGAUUAUCGUCACCACACCUUUGUUUGGAGAAGAGAUAACGAUGAAAAGUUUGCGAAUGAAGAAGCGUUUAAAACCGAAGAGACUGCACAAUCAGCUGCAGAGAUAAAGAGGUUCUUGUGACAACUGUAGAUUACCGAUAAUUGCGCUCUUUGUGAUACCACCUCCCUCUUUGUCACAUUCAUUACAUUGAAGCGAAUUCAGAGCUCAUUUGAAUCAGUCAAGCCAAGAUGUUCACCCAGAAGAUCUACGUCUUCUCGUUGCUGCUGUUAGCUUUUACCAUUAACGUGGAGGGAAGUAAACUGAAAGUUUCCAUUUACUACGAAGGUCUGUGUUCGGACAGCAUAACGUUCCUCAACAAUCAAGUGUUACCAGCUUACGCGAUAAUUGGCGAGUACGUGGAUUUGGAUUUGAUUCCUUACGGUAAAGCUUCGCAACAAUUGGUGAACGGCGUUUGGUACUUCCAAUGUCAGCACGGAAGACAGGAAUGCUACAGCAACAUCAUCCAGGCUUGCGCUCUGAACAUGGGAUACCAGCAAUGGCCAACGUUCAAAUUCGUCAAUUGCGUCAUGGGGAAACGGAUGCAAUCCAGCAUGCAGCAGUGCAGCGAUUACAGCGGUCUUAAUUGGGACGCUAUUAAAUCGUGCGCGAGCUCUGCAAACGGUCAACAGAUCUUGGCGCGUUACGGUCAGAGGACUCACAUGUUGCAGCCUCGCUUGAGCUUCGUUCCUACCACAGUUUUCGACGACGUUUACGAUCGUUCAGUGCAGGAGAACUCCUUGAUGGACUUCUUGGGAACCGUCUGCUCUCGUCUGGAAACAAAACCGAGCGGAUGCACCGUCCUCAGAGGACGUAGCGCGUAUUAUUGGUGGAUGUGAGCUCAUCAUUCCGAAACACUACAAUUGGACUACAAUACGAACGUUUUGUUCAACAAUUUAACUUUUCCCUUCUACGAAUUGUUUGGAUGCA